AUGGAAUUACGUGUUGGCCAUAAAUAUCGUCUUGGACGAAAAAUUGGUUCAGGAUCAUUUGGUGAUAUUUAUUUAGGUACAAAUAUAGCAUCAAAUGAAGAAGUGGCUAUUAAACUUGAAAGUUCACGUACAAAACAUCCUCAAUUACAUAUUGAAUCAAAAAUUUAUCGUCUUAUGCAAGGUGGUGUUGGAAUACCUAUUAUUAAAUGGUGUGGUGCCGAAGGAGAUUAUAAUGUUCUUGUUAUGGAUUUACUUGGACCAUCUUUAGAAGAUUUAUUUAAUUUUUGUUCAAGAAAAUUUUCACUUAAAACUGUACUUUUACUUGCUGAUCAAAUGGUUAGUCGUGUUGAUUUUAUUCAUUCGAAAAAUUUCAUUCAUCGAGAUAUUAAACCUGACAAUUUUUUAAUGGGCAUCGGUCGUAAAGGCAAUUUAGUAUAUAUCAUUGAUUUUGGCCUUGCAAAAAAAUAUCGUGAUGCACGUACACAUCAACAUAUACCCUAUAGAGAAAAUAAAAAUUUAACUGGUACAGCACGUUAUGCUUCGAUUAAUACACAUCUUGGCAUAGAACAAAGUCGUCGAGAUGAUAUGGAAUCUCUUGGCUAUGUACUUAUGUAUUUUAAUCGUGGUAGUCUUCCGUGGCAAGGUUUAAAAGCAGCGACAAAACGUCAAAAAUAUGAACGUAUAAGUGAAAAGAAAAUGUCGACACCAAUUGAAGAUUUAUGUAAAGGUUUUCCUGAAUUUACAACGUAUUUGUCUUAUUGUCGUUCAUUACGUUUUGAUGAUAAACCAGAUUAUUCAUAUUUACGACAAUUAUUUCGUAAUCUAUUUCAUCGACAAGGUUUUACAUAUGAUUAUAUAUUUGAUUGGAAUAUGCUUAAAUUUAGCGGUCAACGUUUUGAUGCGAACAGUGUUAAUGAUGGUUCAGCAAAUAAAAUUGAAACUAAUGGAUUUAGUGCUAGUGGUAAUGCUCAACAAAUGUAUACUAGUACAAAUAAUCAAGAAAGUAAUGCAAUGACUAUUGAUCAAACAAUUCAAGAUCAAUCGAUAAGUAUGAAUGAUGAUUAUGUUCCAAUGACAACCAAAUAUAUUGAUUAUGAAGAAAAUAAUAAUAAUAAAAAGUUGUACAAAUCAUCUUCAACUCGCAAUGCUAAUAGUAAAAAAACAAAUGCAAAUAAUGAUUAUGUCAAUAAAACAUCAUCAAGUUCAAAUGUCUUCAGCCGUCUAAUGCACAGUGUGUGUCGACGAACAUCUAAAGAUAUUCAUCAAAUACAACCACAACAAUCAACAUCGAAUAAUUCCAAACAACAAUUACCAACUGGAACGGAUACAGGUCGAUCAUCGUCAGCGCGUGUUCCUAAAAAAUAA